AUGAAAGUGUCUGCCGCCCUCGCCGAGAUCGUCUCCGACUUCUCCGGAUUCCAUCACAUUCACGCCUCCAAGCCUUCUCCGGCUUCUUCUUCUUCUUCCCAUUCUGCCACGUCAUCGUCUUCUGCUCGUCUCAAUAUCACAGUCGGAGUGGUCAUCCAGGGACCAUCCACCACAAUCAGAAGGACCGACAGUGCCAAUGACUUCGAAUGCAUGCAAAGAAAGGACUCGACUGCUUCCAAUGCUUCCUACCUAAUCGUCGAAUAA